CAACCGCGGCGCCGCUCUGCGCAUGCGCCGCCCGCUUCGUGGAGCCCUGAACCGGAAGUGACGCGAGGUGAAAGGCUCGGCGGGCUUCCUUUUCCGGUCUGGGCGCCAUCGCGGCGGCUGUGUCGAGAUGGGCAAGUUUAUGAAGCCGGGGAAGGUGGUGCUGGUGCUCGCCGGCCGCUACUCGGGGCGCAAGGCCGUCAUCGUGAAGAACAUCGAUGACGGCACGUCCGACCGGCCCUACAGCCACGCCUUGGUGGCAGGCAUCGACCGCUACCCGCGGAAGGUGACAGCAGCGAUGGGCAAGAAGAAGAUAGCGAAGAGGUCCAAGAUCAAGUCAUUCGUGAAGGUUUAUAACUACAACCACCUGAUGCCCACCCGGUAUUCCGUUGACAUUCCCCUGGACAAAACCGUCGUCAACAAGGACGUGUUCAGGGACCCCGCUCUGAAACGCAAAGCGAGGCGUGAAGCCAAGGUGAAGUUCGAGGAGAGGUACAAGACAGGCAAGAACAAGUGGUUCUUCCAGAAGCUACGAUUCUAAACUUGUAAUAAGGCGGCGUCAAUAAAUGUUUAUUAAAACCA